AUGACACAACAAUUACUAUGGCUCUGUCGAAACAUACCUGUCUGUGACUUUGACGGUUCAUUACCAAACCACCAGAUGCCAACUUAUCCAUCGUUACCGGUUAAUUCAAUCGCGUUACAGACCGUUCUAAUGGGGACAGAGGGGUCUCGUCAGACAACAAUCCUGUUACUCCCUGACAAACAAGAUGAACAAGAUGAAUUCAACACAAUGACCUAG